AAAAUCCUUUUCGUAUCUCUGCCUGAUUUCCUCUUCUUCUUUGUUCUGUAGCCUGUCCGAUCCACCAUAAAAAGCGCGUUUCCCGCGUCAGACACCCCCCUCAACCUCAUUUCCUUAAAUACCAACAUCCGUUACGUCAGCCGGACAGGCAUCGAUAGACUACACCAUGGCGUACAACCAAUCUUACAACCCAGAUGCGUUGCCAGCACAUGCAGAGCCCGAACAGGUAGCUCAGAUGAUCGGUGCGAUGCAAACUGGCCCUCAGCAUCACCAGAGUAAACCGUCUCGGCCAUCCCCCAACCCCUCUUCUACUAGUAGUGGUGUUCCGCCUCGCGUUCCUGUUACGAGUGCGCACAUGAACAAGCCAUUGCCCGCGCCGGUUGCAAACCAACACCAACAGCGGACUCAUCCACUGCACCCAUCACCACCUCCACAGAACUAUGGAUUUGGGCCACCUCCGUCCCAGCCUGUGCGCAAUCGGCCCCAGCCCUCGUCCCGGCCCCCACGGUCUCCAAAUCCGCCCCCGUUGUCGGUCCCGGAUGACGAUCCGCAACAGCUCUUCCCACUGUUUCGCGCCGCCAACUCAUCCCACACCGGUUCACUGACGGAGAUGGAGCUGGGCUCCGCUCUGGUGAAUGGUGAUUUCACUUCGUUUCACCCUAAGACCGUGAAGAUGAUGAUCCGCAUGUUUGACCGGAAUAGCUCUGGAACGAUCUCGUUCGACGAGUUUGUAUCGCUAUGGCGCUACCUUGCCGCGUGGCGGGAGCUUUUCGAUCGAUUCGAUGCCGACCGUAGCGGGCGCAUCAGCCUUCAGGAGUUCGAGAACGCACUUCUCGCAUUCGGAUACCGACUAAGCAAACCGUUUGUGACGGUGCUUUUCACCACGUUUGAAAGUAAGGGACGGCAGAUGAAUGGACCUGCUCACCUGGGGAAUAUGGGAAUGAGCUUCGACCUGUUUGUACAGGCGUGUAUCAGUCUGAGACGUAUGACGGACGUGUUCAAGCGGUAUGACGAUGACCGCGAUGGUUACAUUACUGUGAGCUUUGAGGAGUUCUUAACUGAAAUCCUGCAACUACAGGACUAAGCGGUAGAUAAGGAGUUCUUGUGCAUCUCUGCUUUGAUCUUUUUUUUUCGUGUUUUAUCAUUAUACCCUGUUUAUGGAGCAUCAUAAUUCAAGCACCGGGCGAUCCAGCAAAAAGUGGUAUACAAGGUGUAUUCGGUGGACUUGCAAGCUGCCUACUCAAGGUAG